UGACAUUAGAAGGUUAAAACAGCCCUCUAUAUACAGCCUAGGUCCUGCUUCUACAGGCGUGGAAACAUGAAGAGCAAAGCCUUUCGCAUUUGAAUGGCUUCCACGCAGGUCUGCUGCUGCUAUCUCACUCCCCCUGGCGGCUGUAUGCUGUAUUAGCCUGAUGGUGGCGAGCCGGACACACUGAACACAGCCGGUGCCAAACACAAGCUGUGGGAAUUAACCUCAAACCCUUUCAGUUUGCUCUGGACAUUCCGCAUUUCAGCGCAGCAAUUACUGUUUUUCACGUCGUAAGUGUCCCUUAGAGUCGCAGCCCUGCAUUCCAAAAAGGAAGACGAGUACUUCACCAUGAGCUCAGACGAUGGUGACAUGGAGAACCAGGCUGAGCUGGAAGAGAAGACGAGGCUCAUCAACCAGGUGUUGGAGCUUCAACAUACUUUAGAAGACCUGUCUGCCAGAGUGGAUGCUGUCAAAGAGGAGAACCUGAAGCUGAAGUCGGAAAACCAAGUUCUGGGUCAGUACAUUGAGAACCUCAUGUCGGCUUCCAGUGUCUUCCAGACCACUGACACCAAGAGCAAACGAAAGUAAGGGGAACCUCGGAGAGCCUUGAUGUAGAACCCCCACACAUUCCAUAACGUGAACCCAAACCUGGAUGACUGGACUCUGAUCAUCAACAUCAUGGACUCCUUUUAUUGUCUAAGUCUAAAACAUGUUUCUGAGGAGAACUGAAACCUGUUUUCAGUCUUGGAAAAUCUGAAUACAAAGACCCAGAUUUCUGUUAAGCUCAACCUAUCAGCUGACAUGGACCACAUGCGUUGAACACAUUGUGUGAGCUGUGGUGACCCUGAAACCUCUUGCUUCAUCUGUUUGCAAAGCAUCUUUUCAGAAGCAUGUUUCAGACUUCAGUCGGCUGCAACUCAGAUCCACAUCUAACCUCAUCUCUCAGCACUCUCAUCCUAAGUCCCAGGACCCUGAGUCCUGAGCAACAGCAGACCCAACUCUGAACAGGCGCUCACCUGUGCACCUGUUUAGAGUCGACAUGAUUUGAUCCCCAAAAUCUCCUACCAGUUACAAACAUGCAGUACUUAGUGAGUGAACAGCAGGUCAGCGUGACUCAAAUUAUGUCAGAAUUGCCUCCUUAGUGAGAACUGAUUAUAUAUACAUAAAACCUUCACAUCAAUAAUGAAGAAUUUCCUUUAAGAAAGGAUCAGAAUUAAAUCUAAGAUGCACACGCAGCGGGGGGGUAGAAAACUUAUAUAUGGACAUUGAGUGUAGAAAUAAAGCCAUUUGUUAGAAACAGUCAGAAUGACUGUUUAGGGGUACAUUUUUACUCUGCUUCUUGAAACUUUUUGUACCAUGUGCCACACUAUAGACAUCUGUCGGCUCUGGCUAGCUAACAUGACACAGGGAGUAUUCCAGUGAGAUAAGGCAGCUAAUAGUAAUAACUGUAACCCAGACAACACACAGGUAGCUCUGCAUGUACGCAGAAAUGACCUGUGUCUGUGUCCUCAACCAGCAACGGGCAGCAUGGAUUAUAAGCACAGAACCCCUCUCACACAAAUGAUAUUAGUAUUAAAAAUAUAUUAUCACAGUAAUGCUAGCACUGAUCGUAGAGCCUGACAAACUUUUGUAGUAGUUCUUGCACAGCAGAAACACUAACAAUAACAGUUUGAGCUGUCUUUCUCAACAGUUCCUGUGCAAAACAAAGUCCAGGUCUCUGACCACAUGGCUACAUGCUAAUAGCUAGCCCUGCACCCGGAACAUGCAGUUUGGUUCUUGGGAUAUUUAACAUUUUUCAUGCCUUACUUUUGCGGUUUGUGCAGUUAAUGGUGCAAUGUCAACUGAAAAAACAAAUCAGCGUAAUCAUAAUAAUCAGCUCUCAGUCAUUCCAGUUAGUUUUCUAUCCCCUGCGCCUCACAGUGGCAUCGCUCGUCAUCUGUCUGUACCGCAGAUACUCAUCAUCACGUUUUCCUUGUCACAGUGCAGAUCACGCUGACACUCUCUGCCAUGUUGUCAGAUGUUCACUGGCUCACAGAGAUGUUUGGAACUGGUGAUGUUGCUCCCUCUUUUCCACCACCCAGAACAAAAAACCCUGUUCAGAUUUUUAGAGAGUUCAAAUGUUUACGUUAAACUUCCUUCUCUCCUCGAGGCUUAAAGGCUCAAGCCUGAUGAGACACAGUUUUCUAUGUUUGCUGGUGGGGAGCGGAUGAGGGAUCAUGCCUCUCACUAAAAUAAACUCCCAUUGGUUGGUCAGGGUGUUGGCAGGCAGCUGGAGACACUGUAUCAGUACAGGAGAAUGUGGCUGUCUCAAAUUAGGAAGAAAAAGUGGCAAGAACCCCUUUGUCCUUUUGUUAUUUAUUAGUCAGUAUUGCUGCCUCUGCCAUAGGUACAGUGGAUCUGUUAGAACGUGGUUUUAUUGUUACUGCUUAUAAGCUCUCUAAAGAGAGGGGGCUCUGAUUUUGAAUUUGUCCUGUCUUUUCAGUACAAUGUCACUUUUUUGUUGCCAUUUUGUUGCUGCUUCUUGCAAGGAGUAAAUGACACUGCUUUAACAGUGACUGUCACUGUUGCAGUUUAUAGCCAAGACCAUGUGUACAUUUUUACUUAAACUGAAAGUCUUGUGCAUGUGCUUACAGUUCAACUGGCAAAGCCUAGUUUAGCCUCUCAAUAAAUCAGUAACACAUAUACAUACUGUAUUAUAUGCAUAAAUGUUAAACCUCACCUGUGAAGUCUUGAAAUGUUUUAACCCUGUUGCAUUUCAGCAUUGUUUAUAGACUGUUUUUGUUGCUAAUUUGAAAUGACCUUGAUUUAAUAAAGUGAUGAUCCUUUUUG